UCCCAACAAAAGCAAAUUCAUGUUUCAGGUUGUCAUGUAACCCCAAACAUAUCUGUUCUAAAAGGGCAAUCUGAAAACAAGGAACAACAACACGACAAGAACCAACAAGGGAAAAUUUGACAAGUGGUUCAAGGGAAGUAACUCCAUUUGUUGUAUUCUCCAAUGACAGCCAACCACGUGUGGAGUUGAGCAUUACGUGUCUAGUUUUCCAGCAUGGCGGCGUUCGUAAAGGAGUUGCUGACUUGGGGUGCUUCACUUUUGUUUUUCUGCGGAUUUAUCAAACAUGUUUUAUCAAGAGAGAUGGACUAUGAGUUUGUGACAUGUGGCUCGACUAUGAAGCUGCUCAACACCUACUCCAGUGUCCGCCUGCACUCACAUGACGUGAAAUAUGGCUCGGGAAGUGGACAGCAGUCGGUGACUGGUGUCGACUCAUCUGAUGAUCACAACAGCUACUGGCAGAUCCGGGGCAAGACCGGAGCUACGUGUAUGCGAGGGAGUCCGGUGAAAUGUGGCCAGACAAUCCGUCUGAUGCACUUAUCAACAAAACGUAAUUUACACAGUCAUCACUUCCAGUCUCCUCUGUCUCACAACCUGGAGGUCAGUGCCUUUGGGGAGGAAGGAGAGGGCGAUGAAGGUGACAACUGGGUGAUUGUGUGCAGCACCAAGCACUGGAGCAGGAGAGACAAAAUCAGGAUCAAGAAUGUCGUCACAGAGCAUUACUUACAUGUGAGCGGUGACAGCUAUGGCCGUCCGAUCCACGGACAGCGCGAGGUCAGCGGCUACCCCACACCAUCCGAGAUGAACUACUGGAUAGUCAAUGAGGGCAUCUUUAUCAAGCCGGCCAAUGAUCCCAACACAGGGAAACUCAUGCAUGAUCAUGAUGAGCUUUAAUACAACACCAUAUUAGGACAAAACUUUGUACAUUACCAUAUAACUAUAUUUGUUUAUCUACAAAUGUGUUGAUGAAUUAGACUCAUAUGUUUGUUGUUUUUUAUAUUUUGUAACCGUCUACAGAAAGUACCGAAAGUUUCUUGUUGAACGAAUACUUUGAAUUGAGCCACAAAACGUUCUGUCUUGUUUCCCAUUGUUGUGGAUUACCUCCCUUUGAUGGACAUGAUUGGCUUGUUUCUGUCCUGCAGUGAAUGUGUUGUCUGGAUUUGAUUUAUCAAUAUUUGUAUUUAUUUUUGAAACAAAUAUAAUAAGAUCCACACUGAGUGAUGUUUCUUGCACUUUAAAAAAAAUAAGGUGUUAUGAGAUGCAGGGUUAGAAAUUAAUUUUUAUUUUCACAAGUCCACAAGAAUCAUCUACAAAGUGGUUGUCCAAAAGGAAAUGUCAUCAGUCCAUUCUGAAGUGGAUUAUUCUCAGACUGGCAGAUUUAUGUCAGUUUUGAACAGUGGGUUAGUUAAAUUUCAUAUGUGAAUUUAUUUUGAGGUUUAGAAAGUUUGUAUUCAUAUCUUAAUCUAGUUCCAUCAAUCCUGCUGUUUGUGACACCGGAACUCUGACCUGUGGAUAUAUAGAGGUAAAGGGCAGAUAUAUGUACAUUGGACGAGUAUACCAAGGUUACAUUAACAGGGCAUUUUACUGAAAGAUUGGUAAGAAUGCAGUCAAAGUGUUGUCAGAGGUGCAGUUGCUUUUUUGAUAGCACAUGUUUUUAUAGAGAUAUAAUUUGUCUACAUUUAAUUCUGUGAUUGAGUAUAUUUGUUUAUUUUGUGGGAUAGCUGAGUGUUUCCCUGUGUUCAUCAAGGACAGGUUUGGGGUGUCAUACCCUACAAUGGUUUCUGCUCAAUCUGUGUCCCUGCCUUGUUACAGUACUACAGUACUGUGUUAGCAGCUUCUCUUAUUGAAGGUAGGCCUGUAAUAAUUCAGUUUGUCAUGAUACAAAUCAUACAAUAUACAUGUGUAUCUUGAUAUAUGUGUCUGCCCAGAGAGGGGAAGAUCUGUGGUCUGAUCUCUAGUUGUGUCAUACUGAAAGAAGUUAAAAGAUGGUACUUAUUGUUACCCUGCCAAUCUUUUGGCAAAAAGGGGAUGAAACUAGGACUGGUUGGCGCGGAUUCAGUAUACAGUGUCCGAGUGGGAUAUCAAUGUUAACUGUGGCAUAGUUUCUCAGUGGGCUGGAACUAUUAAACCGGCAUUAGUCCGGACUAGUACAAGCAGCCAUAUAUUUGACCUUACAUUAAUAUAUAACUUAGUUUUAAGGUCGUGAUACAUAUUCAUCUCAGUAUAAGGUAGAGAUACGAUAUAUGUUUAAAGGUCGCAAUGCAAUACAUGCCUUAUUUAUUAGUGAAUAUUUUGAUAAUAUACAGUUGAGUCUAAUUCAUUAAUACUUAAUCUAUUAACAAACAAAAUGUCAGAGGGCGUUGUUCCAUCAUCAUCAGAUUCAUUUGUUUUGUGUCCAUGAGUAUCUUUAUACUUUGUUUCUUUGAAAAGUGAUUGUCUCAAAAGUCAAUAGUACCACCUUGAGAGGAUGUAAUCUUUGUAUCUAUGCUAUUAUUUAAAAAAAGUGGGUAUACAACUUUUGACUGGGGUGUUAUGACUGAGGUGUAUACAUUAAGACCAGGGCCCACUUGCACAAAGCGAUCUUAGCGCUAAGAUGAUCGUAACUCCCAUACUUUAACAUAAGCUUACAAUAGUCCUAGCACUAAGAUUGCUUUGUGCAAGUGAGCCCUGUUCAGUAUCUAAUUUUACUCCCAGCUAUAGUGGAACAUACCGGGGUAAGUAGGAUUUCAGAAUUGGUAAUGUUAAUACAUAGAUGCCAUCCAUGGUAUAUUUUGAAACCUAUCAAGCGAAAGGGCUGAUAUUUCAGAAGCUUCUUUAUGUACUUUGCUAGUAAAUGUCACUAGUGACAUUGAUUUUAAAGUAUACUUUUCCAAUCGUAUGUUUUCAAGUUGAUAAUCCAGUUCACAGCAAAAUUAGAAUAUUUCAUCUUUGGCAAAAUAUUGGUUGGAAUUAGCAAGUCACAGAUGCAGCUCAUACAGGAGUCUAGUUAUCUGUUUUAUUUCAUUAGGUGGUUAACAAAACUGACCAAACUGAAUUAAAUUAGAGAGGCCUUAUUUUGUUCAGCUAUCUCUGUGUCGUCCCAGAAAGCUAGGGCACUACAACUGAAACGUGAAACUCAGUCUUGCCAAGUGUUGUUUUCAUCCAGUUUUAAAUGUAUGUUUAUUUGGAUGUUGAUUUCUGUUCUUUUCAACUACCUAUAUUGAAUUUUGGGGCGAAAACAUUGUAAACUAACCAACAAAAAGUAAAAGGCUCUUGAAGGUUCUUGGUGAUAACAAAUAUAUAUUUCUUGUUUUGUCUGCAAUGCAAAACUUGCACUGUGCAACAUAAAUUAUUUUGAAAUUUCACCUCAACAGAUUUGGCAUUUCAGAUGCCCAACACAAAUUAUAGAUUUUAGUACAUACAUGUAUACAAAAGGAUGAUCACUCAGUCAGUAUCUGUCAAUGUCAUCAAUCAUGAGAAUUCCUUAACUGUAUUAAAAAGACAAAGUGAUAUACUAGUAUGUAUGAAUUUGGGUGACAGAUUUUCAGUUGUUAGCGGAUUUUCCGCUGACUUUGUGAACAGGUCAAGCUUGGGUGAAUGCUGUGUGACACUGCAUGGUUGCCAUGGAUUUGUGGUGCAUGUGCUGGAUGUGAAUGUUAGGAUUGUUUGGAGGAAACCUUCCCUGUAUCAUCUGAUGUUGGUGCUUCUUAACCUCUUUUGUUUUCUGGUGUAUUUAUUUCAAGGUUACAACUGUAAAUAUAUCUAUGUAGUGAUCAUGGUGAUGAUUGUUCUUUUCAACUAAUAAUGUGUUGGUUGAAUGUAUUUGUGAGUAACAGAAUUGGGCAGAGGGUAGAAGUGGUACUACAAUCGAAGUGUUUUUCUGUAUAAAUCUAUUUAUCCUUGUUCGGGGCUGAUACAUCACAUGACACUGCCCUACUUUUGAAUAUUGUGUUUGAACUCAUUAAUUGUUAAAGUUGUGAGGAAUCUUUUCAGAAGGUCUGUUUUAAGAAAGAAUGAAGAUUUGAAUGAAACGGAAACAUGAUACUUCUAUUCACUGAACAUGGGAAUUCAUCGCCAAUAAAGGCCCCCACCAGACUGUGCAUGGGUACUCAAGCUUCAUCAUUAUAAGCAAGAUAAUCCUUUUUGGGGGGAAAAAACAUGAAAAACUUCAGAUCCUGGUUAGCAACCCUUUCCAUCUUAAAUCUACUUUAGAAAAGAGGUCCUCUGCCUGAAAAUCCUUUUCAACUACCGGUAAUUGCCUCUGGAUCAUUUGUGCAGUGGCCUGUAUAUUCAAAUUUAGGUAGACUGAUGAUCAUUCAUUAAUUUAACUCCAUCAUGAGUGAAGCUGUAUCUUGAUGUGCAGAGUUGCAUCCCUUGGCUGCCAGGAUCUGCUGGUCAUGAGGCAGACUUCAAGAAUCUGCCAUGUUGUGAUCCCUGGUCUGUCAGUUUGGGGGUUUCUUAGAUUGCCGGAGCGUUACACCCUGUGUCAUCUUGAGCUUCCUUCACACAUGCCUGGUAUUACAACCAUCGUUCAAACCCAACUUAAGAUGUAUACCUCAAGAAGUGAAUCAAACUGAAUCCUGGCUUCAUUCAUUUUAUUGUCCCUCAGAUCACCUGUUUUACCAUGUUAUGUGUUGAUAGGGAUUUAGUCUAUUUUGUUGUCAUUUACAUUUUCUGUUGUUGAGAAUGUUUGCUAUUGUACAUACAUGUGUACAUGACGAAGAUAAGCCUUGUUCAGGAUAUGUUGCUGAUGUUGUAACAACAUUCAGAGGUGUGCAAGAGUGAGUGAAAUAAAGUGUAAUUUAAA